AAUGACAAAGAUAAACUUCUAUGCGAGCAAAGGAGCUACUUUGCUAAUCGCAAAGAAUUGGAUCACGUCCGUAUACCAAUAAAGUGUCCAAAAUUGAAAGCGGUAUCAUCAGAGGACCGGUCGACUGGUGAAUGUCCCGGUUUGGUAGACGGCGAUUAUGUUAUCGUAGAAUUAGCAUCCGAAAAAGAAAACAAACGUGUUUACGCUAAUGUGGUUCUUCGCGGACUAAAAGGAAUGCAUCUACCGGAACUGUGCUCUCUGCGAAAACGCAGAAACACUUGGAAAUUCUGCUUUUACCAAGCGAUCGUGGCAUUGUUAGCGAAAACUCAGCUAAGAUACAAGUACGCGUGGAGCGCCAAUAUCGAUUACAUCUAUGACCUCGCCUGGACACUUUAUACUCACAUCGGCACGGUCAACGUGAAGGAGCAGCAGCGUCUGGACGAUGUCGUCGUGUACAACUACAAGUACAGUGUCGAGAUAGAGUUGUUGCAGGAAUUGAAGGAUAUACCCGUGGCGCGAGACAUCGAUUUCGACUAUGAAGAGAGCGGCUUAAGGAGGCGGAUCACGUUACACAGAAAGGAUCCUCUGAGAGUUAAAGUGGAACUCGGUUCCCAAAAAAUCACGGAUCUAGAAUACGUAUCUGUACACGAGGACACGCAAAAGAUAGAGGAGUGGUUUGACGAAUUAUCCCAGCGAUAUCGCAAUUGCAUUUUCCGUACGACUAGAUUCUCGUUAGCCUUCUGGAAGGACGAUCAGUUUUGGUACCUUUACAAUCCGUAUCGUUGCGACGAGUUCGGCCUGUGGGACGACGACGGGUACGCUUGCAUCGUAAAAUUCUGCUCUAAAGACUCUUUAAAGAGGCAUCUGAUGAUCCUCCUGUUGAGAGCCUACGCUUACGAAGUUCUGGAAUCGCGAGAUCCGAGUGGAUCUCAAAUCGGGAAAGACGACGUUUUCGACGUUCAAAUUUUUCAUGUUAAUUUCCACUGCUGUCAGCUGCAUAAUUUGAAAUUAUUGCAGCGUGGCGCGUUUAAGCCACCGCGAUGCGUCGAUGAAUGUUCGUCCGGGUCUCUCGAGAUCGGAGAUCAAGACGCGAGUGAUAUAGAAGAAUCAGAGGGCGAUCCGAAGGAGCCAAGAGAGAAAGCUACAUGGUUGAAGCGUUUUCGAGUAACCUGGAGCAGAUGUGCGUCCGCGAGUCGGCAGAGACAGGCUGCGGACAAGGUGAAGGCCCAGCAAAGCGGCAAAGCGAAGUGGCAUCAGUAUUACGUGGAAGAAGUUAACCGCCUGUUCUCUCUGUGGGGCGAGAUACAUAUUACCGAUGGUAUGUUCGACGAGGCGAACCGUGGAAUGCAAAUGUACGCGUGCUACGUGGUGUGCGCCGGCAUGACGAGGAUCAUAGCGCCGGAAUAUUGGAGCCCGAAAAUCCUCGAUGUGAUCGUUAUGUGUGGGGAUCGUUAUUACACGCACAGCAAGCUCGAGGCUGAAUUGAAAUCCACCAGAAGCGAGUAUGCUCACGUAAGCUGUUGGAACCGGUAUCUGUCCGAUAGCUUUAAAAUUGGCGAAACCUUGUUCGAGGCGAGGAUACUGCCGGCCGUUUGCGGCAGGCUAUACGUUCGUACGAAUGAAUGCUUGUGGCAGUCGUUGGAACGCAUGUUCUUCGAUCAUCACUUCGGUAUCCUUACGUGCGAGACCGCUUGUCUCGGUCUCUUUAAAUUUUGCGGCGCGUAUUACGUUUGUGACGUAAACUCGUUUGGUCCGCCGCUCUUCCAGUACGGCCAUGGCGCGGCGUAUCUGAUGAGAGCUACGUCCUUCUGUAAAUUUGUCACGGUGCUCGUGCUAAUUAUUGGUUCGCCCGAAUGUAGUCAGUUCAGUUUGAAUCCCGUUAAGAUUCUCAGAGUCGUCGAGGUAGGUCCUGAUUUUCGUGCGAGGAUGGGCGAGAGAAGAAAUCGUUUCGGGCGACUCGUUGGGAGGAAGCGCGCGUUCAACGAACAGAAGAAAAGAAAGAUAAAGAAGUAA